AUGUCGUCAACUGCAAUCGCUUCAGCCGAGACCUUAUCUUCUCCCCCUCCCGAUCUUCAAGGCGAAGCUGAAUUGGAACACCUCAAAAUCUCCUAUGCUCUUCGCCAGCAGCCCGUUUCCGUAACUCUUGAUGGUAAAACCAUCUUCUUAUCGUCCCUUAUCUUAGUCCUGCUUAUUCACUUCCUUGAUCCGUAUCACGCCGAGUUGCUUAUUGCUUCGUUCCCAAUAGUACUGCUCGUCAACAACGACUACCAGAAUUUCCUCAACCUUGGCCCUGGUGGCACACCCUCCACUUUCAGCGGCUACCUGCGUAUAUCAUGGUUCCGUCUUUGGGCUCUCAGCGACCCGUUUGCGGCCCCAGAGCCUGACCCUAUGCGUCUCCCAACAUCAGGUAUUCUCCGACGCCAGCGUCUCCCAUACCGCGCAGGUCCUCGACCCGUUGUUGCUGGCAUAGCACCCCAAAGACAACUUGAUCAGCAUGGAUCUCGAGCAUGCUACAGAGCUCUCCGUUGGUCCAUGGCCAAGUUGGCGAAUAGAAGCCCGAAAAAGUUUGGCACCGAGAAGUCGUGCAUAGAAAAGCAUGGGUUGGCACUAUUUGCCAGGCACCCAGUACAAACGAAUUGCCAGGGCGAGAUCUGCCAUGUUCAUGACUCAGAUCACUCCAUGCAUAUGUGUUUACACCCGGAUGAUAUCAGGGAGGUGUUAGAAAAAGGCUGGGGUCAGAGGCAUCCACUUGCCUGGAGAAGUCGGUUCCUCAAGAGCCCCGUCUCCCCAGACUUUGUCAUGAUCUAUGCACCACGAGACGACGAAGAACUGCAGGUCAUCUGCAAUAUUAUAGAAGCUGCUAUAUGGUACACUGUCGCCGAAGAACUCGAAAUGGGGAUCUGUCCAAAACCCAUGUAA